AUGAAUAGAUUAAUGGGUCCUCUAAGUAAUUCAACUAUUCGUGUUGUGGGUGUAUCGGGUCAAACAGAGGAAAGGGCAUUCUUGAGGCCACUGGAUAUUAAAUUUAGAGGAAAGCAAUUGGAUCAUCAGUUUCUUUACAUGCCUAAUAGUCCAGAAUGUUUACUGGGGAGAGAUUUGUUGUCCUCUUUACAAGCCACGAUUGUGUUUGAAAAGGGUAGAGUCAAAUUAGAAAUCCCGGAAGAAAAUGUAGCACAGAUAUUUGCUGUAAAUGAAAUAGAAACAGAAGCAAUUCCUCAAGAAAUAGAGCAUGCAGUCGUCCCUUGGGUAUGGGAGACUGGGACCCCAGGAUUGUCCAAAGCAGCAACCCCAGUAGUAAUAGAGCUCAAGGAGGGAGCACAGCCAGUACGAGUAAGUUUAGAAGCAAGAAAAGGGGUAGCACCUCUAAUCGAACAGUUUGUGGCUCUUGGAAUAUUAGAAGAGUGUGAAUCAGAAUUUAAUACACCAAUUUUUCCAGUCAAGAAACCAAAUGGAAAAUAUAGGUUGGUACAGGAUUUAAGGGCAAUCAAUCUUUUAACCAAAGACAUUCACCCAGUGGUAGCAAAUCCAUACACCCUGUUAACAUCUGUUUCUGAGAGAUUUCAGUGGUUUUCGGUAAUAGAUCUGAAAGAUGUAUUCUUCUGCAUCUGAUUGGCACCGGAAAGUUGGCACCUCUUUGCUUUUGAGUGGGAAGACCCCGACACUGGAAGAAAAAGGCAACUCACUUGGACGCGGCUGCCACAAGGAUUCAAAUCCUCACCUACAAUAUUUGGUAAUCAAUUAGCGAAAGAACUCGAGCAUUGGAAGACAACUCAGGUAAAAGACUCUCCUUUCUCUUACAUAGUACUGCAGCAUGUAGAUGACAUUCUUCUGGGCACUGAAGAACGAAAGAUGUGUUGUAAGCUGACCAUUGAACUGUUAAACAUGUUAGGUCAAGCAGGUUAUCGGGUCUCGAAGGAAAAGGCCCAACUGGUUAAACAGAAGGUUAUCUACUUAGGUUGUGAGAUUUCUCAAGGCGUCCGGCGGCUAGGGGCAAACAGAGUACAAGCCAUUUGUGCUAUCCCAGUCCCACGGAAUAAUCAAGAAUUAAGGUCUUUUCUAGGAAUGAUUGGCUGGUGUCGACUAUGGAUUCCUGACUUCGGACUCCUUGCUAGACCACUGUACGAAGCAGUAAAGGAGCCGCAGUUAAUCUGGAAACCAGCACAGGAAAAAGCGUUCCAUCAACUGAAGAAAGCCUUGCGGGAAGCACCUGCCCUGGGAUUGCCCGACUUGACUAAAGAUUUCCAACUGUAUGUCUGUGAAAGACAACGAUUGGCUUUGGGAGUACUCACUCAACGACUGGGAUCUUGGAAGAGGCCUGUCGGGUACUUCUCAAAACAAUUGGACAAUGUAAGUGGGGGAUGGCCUGGGUGCCUCAGGGCGGUGGCUGCAACAGUGAUACUAAUUCAGGAAGCACGUAAACUGACACUGGGAAGGCAUAUCACAGUUUACGUACCACAUAUGGUUAUUGCAGUCCUGGAACAGAAAGGGGGGCAUUGGCUCUCCUCUAGCAGAAUGUUGCAAUACCAGGCCUUGCUCAGAGAACAGGAUGACAUUGAAUUAAAAGUCACUAACCAUCUCAAUCCAGCUGAGUUUCUCAGGUCCACACGGGAAGAGGGAAUCCUGGAACAUGACUGCAUGGAGACUAUUGAGCAUGUCUAUGCAAGUCGGAAGGAUCUGAAGGACGAACCGCUGGAGGAACCCAGAUUGGAAUUGUUCACAGAUGGAUCAAGCUUUGUGGAGAACGGAACCAGGUAUGCGGGGUAUGCAGUGGUUACCUUACAGGAAAUCAUAGAAGCAAAAGCACUACCCCCAGGAACAUCUGCACAAAAGGCUGAAAUCUGGGCCCUGGUAAGAGCCCUGAUUCUGAGUCAAGGAAGAAGGGUGAACAUAUGGACUGACUCUAAAUAUGCCUUUGGAGUAGUCCAUGUACACGGAGCAUUGUGGAAGGAGAGAGGAUUACUUACUUCCCAAGGCUCAACCAUAAAGCAUCGAGAAGAAGUACUGCAGCUCCUGGAGGUUAUACAUCGACCAUCAGCCGUGGCAAUAAUGCACGUAAAAGGACAUCAGACUAAUUCGGAACCCGAGUCUCAAGGAAAUAGACUGGCAGAUCAAGCAGCACGACGAGCAGCUACAGAGACAUGGACUCAAAUGGCUUUGCUGCCAACUCGUGAUAACCCAGCAGCAGUGCACAUGGAAGAGAAACCCCAUUAUACACCAGAGGAUGAAAAAUUGGCCCAAAUGAUGGAAGCAAAGAAAAAUGUAAAAGGGUGGUAUAUUACCCCUACUGGACAGGUAAUACUACCAAUCAGAAUAAUGAAAACAGUACUUGAAAUCGAACAUGUACCUGAAGGAACGAAUGUCAAUCUGACUUGUUCUUUUUCUGAUGACCAGGGAGCUGGAUUAGAGGAAGUACAUGCUGGGUGGCGAUGGAUGGAUCAGGACCAGGACCAAGUUAUGACAGAUGGUGUGACUACGUGUCUUUUAGGAAUAAUUGUAAAGGAAGGACAACACACUCGUCGAAUCAUGAUGACAUUGACUCGGAAAGAAGUUAUUCUUCCGAACAGUGAUUCCCCUCCAGCAAUUCAAGAGACGAGGAUAUAG